AUGGACGACUCCUUACUGGAGGACUCCGUCUUCGACGACGGCGCAAGCUCUGACUUCGCGCCGCCCGUGAAGCCUAUGAAGGCCGUCAAAGCAACCAAACUCAAAGCCGCCCCGAAACCGAAAAAGCCUGCCACCGCAGCGAAACCUCGAGGUAGACCACCCAAAGCCACGACACAAACAACACUCAAGGUCACAAAGACCGCGGCUCCUAAGAAGAAGCGAAAAGCAGAUUCCGACCAGGAGAAUUCCGACAUCGAGAUGGACGAUGCUAUCUCCGAUCAUGACGACUCCUUGCUUGCCGACACACCACCAAAGGCGAAGGCUCCCAAGAAGGCGCCGGCGCCUAAGAAGACCACGAAGCCCCUAGCUCCUGUCGAGAACGAGAGCUUUGGGUUAGAUGGCGUAGAUGAGUCGCCUCCAAAGGCAAAGGGCAAGGGGUCAGCUGCCGACCGCUUCCAGAUGCUCUCCCACUUGGAGCAUAUUAUAAUACGCCCCGAUACCUACAUUGGCUCCGUGGAAAGUAUAACAAAGCAGAUGUGGGUCUACAACUCCACGACUGAGAUUAUGGAAUUCCGCGACGUCAGCUACGUGCCGGGUCUCUACAAGAUCUUCGACGAAAUCCUGGUGAACGCUGCAGACAACAAGCAGAAUGACAAAAACAUGGACAGAAUCAAGGUGGUUAUCGACAAGGAGGCAGGAGUGAUCUCUGUAGAGAAUAACGGCAAGGGUAUUCCCAUCGAGAUCCAUAAGGAGCAUGGAAUGUAUGUCCCGGAGAUGAUCUUCGGCCACCUUCUUACUUCCUCGAACUACGACGACGACCAGCAGAAGGUUACGGGCGGUCGCAACGGUUACGGUGCAAAACUUUGUAACGUCUUCAGUACCGAGUUCACUGUCGAGACUGUAGACUCGAGGCAAAAGAAGAAAUAUGUGCAGACGUGGAACGACAACAUGUCGAAAAUGGGAAAGGCCAAGAUCACCCCAAUCAAGGACGAUGACUACACCAAAAUCACUUACACCGCCGACUUCAAGCGAUUUAGUAUGGUCGGUAUGGACGACGACUUUGAAGCACUGGCGAAGCGAAGAGUUUACGACCUCGCGGGAACUGUCAAAGGUGUGAAAGUCUGGCUGAACGGGAAACGAGUCCAGGUCAACAACUUCAAGAAGUACAUGGAGCUGUACACUAAAGCCAUCGCCAAGGAUCAAGGUAAAGAGGAAAGUCAAAACGACGAUCUAGAAUCACAGACUCACGUAAUCAUCACCGAUACCCCACACGAGCGCUGGGAGGUGGGCUUUGCAGUGUCCGAUGGAUCGUUUCAGCAAGUCUCCUUCGUCAACUCUAUCUCUACAACAUUGGGAGGCACACAUGUCAACUACAUCGCCGAUCAAAUCGUCGACAAGCUCGUUGCAGUUGUCAAGAAGAAAAACAAGGGUGGUCUCCCAUUGAAACCCAACCAGAUCAAAAACCACAUCUUCUUAUUCGUCAACUGUUCGAUUGUCAACCCUGCAUUUACUUCUCAAACGAAGGAACAGUUGACUACCAAGUCCAACAAAUUCGGAAGCACCCCUACCGUCAGCGACAAGUUCCUCAAGGCCAUCGAGAAAACCGAGGUCGUUACCAACAUUCUCCACAUGGCCGACAAGAAGGCCGAUCUGCUUUUGAAAAAGUCUGAUGGUAACCGGAGAUCGCGAAUGAACAAUUCCAAACUUACAGAUGCCAACAAAGCCGGUACCAAGGAUGGAUGGAAAUGCACGCUCAUUCUGACUGAGGGUGAUUCGGCGAGUUUGCUUGCUUUGGCUGGCCGAGCCAUCGUGGACCCUGAUUUGUUCGGAGUCUUCCCCCUCCGCGGAAAGCUACUCAAUGUUCGCGACGCCUCUGUGGAGCAGGUCUCGAAGAAUCAAGAAAUCCAGAACAUCAAGAAGUUUAUGGGCCUUCAGCACAAGAAAGAGUACACUGACACCAAAAAUCUUCGGUAUGGUCAUCUUAUGAUUAUGACGGAUCAAGAUCACGACGGGAGUCAUAUCAAAGGCCUCCUUAUCAAUUUCCUCCAGGUGCAGUUUCCGAGCCUGUUGAAGCUUGACGGAUUCUUGAUGGAAUUCAUUACACCCAUCGUCAAGGUUUGGAAGGGCGAUCCAAAACACCCGAAACAGCUAAAAUCGUUCUUCUCGAUGCCGGAAUACGAGGAAUGGAAAGAGGAACCAGGGCAUCAGAAGGGCUGGGAUCACAAGUACUUCAAGGGAUUGGGCACCAGCAGCACUGCAGACGCUCAAGUCUACUUCCGUGAUCUCGAUACCCAUCUGAAGGAAUUCCACCGGAUGAAGGAGCACGAAGAGGGGCUUAUCGAACUGGCCUUUUCGAAGAAGAAGGCCGAUGCCCGUAAAGAGUGGCUCCGCGAGUUCGUACCUGGAAACCAUCUGGACCUCACCGGCAACAAGAUAUCCUAUGAUGAUUUCGUCAACAAAGAACUCAUCCUCUUCAGCAUGGCUGACAAUCUUCGCUCGAUUCCAUCCGUCGUGGAUGGCUUCAAGCCUGGACAGCGGAAAGUUCUGUAUACUUGCCUACGACGUAAUCUGAGGAAGGACGUCAAGGUAGUCGACCUCGCGGGUUCCGUUUCCGGAACUACGGAUUACGCCUAUGGUGAGGCCUCUAUGCAGGGCACCAUUGUUGGCCUUGCUCAAAAUUUCGUCGGGUCCAAUAACAUCAACUGCCUGGAACCCAGUGGAAAUUUCGGUAGUCGUCUUCAAGGUGGUAACGAUGCCGCUAGCGCUCGUUACAUUUAUACGAGACUUUCGCCGUUCGCGCGGAGGAUCUUCCACCAGCAUGAUGAUGCGUUGCUCAACUAUGGGGAGAGUGAUGGGCACAAAAUCGAACCAGAGAUAUAUGUUCCUAUCCUCCCAAUGAUUCUCGUCAACGGUUCGGAUGGUAUUGGUACUGGUUGGAGUUCCAGCAUUCCCAACUACAAUCCUGUCGACAUUGUCGAGAACUUGAAAAUUCGAAUGGCUGGAAGCAAGGAAGACAUGAAACCGAUGACUCCUUGGUUCCGCAAUUUCACUGGAGAAGUCACCGAUAUUGGUGGGGAACGCGUAAAGUUCUCGGGAACCAUUCGCGAGCUGGAUGAGAAUACGGUUGAAAUCACCGAACUACCCAUUCGGGUUUGGACACAGGCUUUCAAGGACAAAUUGGAGGACAUCAUGAAGGCCGAAAAGGUACCGUCAUUCAUAAAAGACUACACUGAGUAUAACACUCCGGAGAAGGUUCACUUCGUUAUCAAGAUGGAGGACAAGCAUAUGGCGAACGCACGAGCGAAGGGGUUUGAAGAGACGUUUAAGCUGUCUUCGACAGUGGCCACGACUAACUUGGUCGCUUUCGAUGCCCAGGGUCGUAUUCACAAGUACGCCACAGUCCUUGAUAUCAUGGAAGAGUUUUAUGGCAUCCGCCUGCGAUACUACGAAAAGCGGAAGCAAUACCUUCUGAGCGAAAUGCAUCGAGAGCUUGAGAAACUGAGCAACCAGUCACGUUUCAUUCAAAUGAUCAUCGAUGGAAAGCUCGUAGUUUCCAAAAAGAAGAAGACUGUCCUUGUUACCGAGCUUAAGAAGCUCAAUUUCAAGCCGUUCCCGAAGGUCGUCGAUGCCAAGAACGCCGGCGAGAUGGAGCAAGUUGUCGAAGAGGAGGAGAGCGAAGAAGACGCAGCAGUCGGCGCUGGUGAUUACGAUUACCUGCUCGGUAUGGCUAUCUGGUCUUUGACACAAGAACGAGUCGAGAAACUCCUCAAACAGAUUGGCGACAAGGAAGUCGAAAUAGAUGACCUUAUCAAGCUCAGUCCCAAGGAUCUCUGGAACCGCGAUCUGGACCUUUUUGUCGAGGAGUGGCACGCACAGCUUGCCGACGAGGCUAAGGCCGCCAAGAAAAUUGCUAACAUGGGACGCCGUGCUUCGGCCAAGCUGCGCAUUGGUGCAGCCAGCAAGUCUAAGAAGCGCAAGGUGGACGAUAGCGAUGAGUUAAGUGACCAGGAUUUUGGACCGAAAAAUAAGAAGAAGGCUGCCGCACCCAAGAAGCCCGCCGGUCUGCUAGGAUAUUUGAAAGCCAACGACCCUCCUAAACAGGCGACGCAAGCUUUGAAGAAUGGAGCUGCAUUCAAGAGACCAACGACGGAUGCGAUAUCGGUGGAUGGUGCUGCAGAUGACAUUGUGGAGGUGGUCAAGCCCCCAGUUGCCUCCAAGAAGCCCCGGCCUGCCACGACGAAGCCUGCGAAGCCUGCAAAGGCCAGUCUUGACAGCGAUCUAGACGAUGACGACGAUGUGUUUGCUGCCGUGGCGAAAGAGGCGAAGGAAAAGCCAGCUCCCGCUCGUCAAGCUCGUGCCGCAACUAAGAAAGUGCCGAAGUAUACCAUUCCCGAUGAUAGCGACGACGACGAUGUCGACGACGUUCUCGGCGAUGUUAGCAUGAUGGUUAAGGGGAUCGGAGCCAACAGCACAGCAAACGGUCGCCCUCUGUUUUCUGCCACAGCGGCAGGCCGUCCCGGAAGCGGAAAUCGACCAGGUAGUGCUGCUAGCUUCAAUGGCCUUGGUUCUAAGAUCUCUUCUCGCGCACCAGCGAAAUCUGCCCUGGAGAUCUCGGAUGACGAAACGGACUACACCAAGCUGAUGCCACAGGCUUCCCCUCAGAGGCCAGCGCCUCGCAACGCCAACGACACCAUGCUCGGCUCUGACAAUGACGAAGACUUCGGAUUCAGCCUUCAAAAAGCCGCUCCAAAGGUCACUGCCAAGGCUGCGCCGAAAGCAGCAGCAAAGCCUGUCGCGAAGUCCAAGCCCGUCGCGUCUGUUGUUGCUGCGAAGACGACCGCACUGUCUCCCGCUGCUAAGGCCUACGCUGCAAAGCGUGCCAAACUCAACGAGUCUUCGAAGCCGGCGCUGAAGAAAGCCGCGGCUGACUCUGACACCGAGAUGGGGGAUGCAGAAGACGUCGACGCUCUCGCCAAUGAUAUCCUCAGCGAUGAUGAAGACGAUGAGAGCAUCGUCAAGCCCGCGCGAGCCACAUCUGCCCGUCCCGGCCGUCGUGCCGCGGCAGUGAAACCGAGGUACAAGGUUACCCUCAGCGACGAUGAGAGCGAAGAUGAGGCUAGUGAGCCGAGCUUCGAAGACGAUGAUAGCGAGUAAGGGAGAUGUGAGGGAAGGUGCCUCGUCCUAUAUGGAGGAGCCGUCGCUUCCCCGUUAUGACAUUGCCAUGCCGCGGGCGAUCGGAUGAUCAUGGGCUUUUCUUUCGGUUCGUUGGACUGGGUUUCUGCAGGAUUGGACCGUGCUGGGUAGGCUCAAGCAGGCGGGCUCGGGAGCUGCUAAUUAACGAUUGUGCACUUUCUCACAGGCGUUCCGAGGGACUGUAUAUUACAAUUUUCAGAUCAUAUCCUCCUUUUCCUUAAAGCGAGCGACACUGCGGUAGUGAUGGCACAUGGAACUCGCGGCGUUGAAUAACCUAGAUCUCGUGCUAGUACUCCUAUGCUAACUACUAUGCUUCUAUC